GUGAACUGGUGCUGCACUCCAUUGCCACAACCCAAACCCUCUACACUCUCUUGCAACAACCGUCACCAUGAACAAUCAGCAGUUUCGGAAGCUGGUACUUGAUACUCCUGCGCGGCAGAGUCUUAAUGGCGAUAAUAAGGCGACACUCGGCGCCACCCCACGCCGCGAUGGUGGCGCGACAGCCCUUGGUUCACGGAUGCGUUCAAGCAUACCUAUGACACCCCGAUCUGUGGCCACCUCCGGAGGCAACGAUUUCGCGCGACAACUUGCAGAGCGCCAGCGAGAAGCCUCUGGGCAGCAGCCUACGAAGAAAUUCCGAUCGGUUGCCGCACCGAAAGGCGCAAAACUCGCAAGUGGAUAUGUUGAUCGAACACAAAUGCGAGAGUCUGAGGUGGAGGAUGAGAAGGCGGAAAGAGUCAAGGCACUGGAGGAGAUGAUGAAGUUACAACAAAUCGACCAAGCGACCUUUGAGAAGCUGCGAGAUGAGAUUAUUGGUGGGGAUGUGAACAGUGUGCAUUUGAUGAAGGGGCUCGACUACAAGUUAUUGGAGAGGGUUAGAAGGGGUGAAGAUGUGCUGCAAGGGAAAUCGAAUGAAAGUGCGGAAACGGAAGAAGAUGAGGUUGACGUCGACGACGAGUUUGAAAAGCUGGAAGAGAAAGAGAUUGUCCCUGUGGCCCGGGAGAAGGUGGCUAAGCACGGAGAGAUGGCAAGGGCAUCUUUAGUUCCUGGAAAGAAGAGGAAUAGAGAUCAGAUAUUGGCUGAACUGAAGGCCGCAAGGGCAGAGGCGAAAGCGAAGGCUGGACCUUCACUCGGUACGAAGUUUAAGAAGGUGGGCGCUUCAAGGGCCGAGCCAAGGAUCGAAAGGGAUGAAAGAGGGAGAGAAGUGCUUAUAACUGUGGAUGAGCAUGGGAAUGAGAAGCGAAAGGUUAGACGGGUGCAGGUGGAACAACCAAAAGAAGAGAAGCAUGCCUUGUUAAUGCCGGAUAAAGAUGCAGCACCGCUCGGAAUGGAGGUUCCUGAUAUACCGACCCCAACGAUUGAAGAAGAUGAGGACUUUGACAUUUUCGAUGAUGCUGGAGACGACUAUGAUCCUCUCGCUGGCUUAGAGGAUGAUGUGGAUUCCGAGGUCGAGGCCGAAGAUGGCGAAAUUGCGAAGGCACCGAGCAAGGAUGUCCCGAGUCCGAGUCAAACCCCUGAAGAGGAGAAGGCUUCACUUGAUAAGCUGUCUAUGCCACCGCCUCCACGACCCAAAGCUGUUGUCAAAGCAAGGAAUUAUUUCGGCGAGACGGCAACGACAUCCAAAACCUCCGCCAAGCCCGCUCUUGGAGAUGCUACGAUUCUGGCUGCAUUGAAAAAGGCGUCGCAAAUCGGGGGUCAAGUCAAGGAAGCCAAGUCAGAAGAAGACGCGGCGCGCGAGACAAAGCUUCAGAAGAUGCUUCAAUCGCAGGAUCGCGAUGCUGAUGAUAUUGACAUGGGAUUUGGCAGCAGCAGGUUUGCUGAUGAGGAGGACUUUGGCGAUGAGAAGAUCAAGCUUUCUAAUUGGGGCGGUGACGAUGAUGGGGAUGAAGGUGGACGCGAUGGGAAGGCUAAGAGGAAGCGUGGGCCGAAGAAGAGGAAGGGUGAUGCUAAUAGCGCGGCGGAUGUGCUGAAAGUAAUGGAAAGGAGGAAGAUGGAAGACAAGUCUUGAGAUGGGGACAAACUGUGGAACGUUCCAGGUUGACAACUAUUAGAUUUUACAAGUCCCAAGGCUCUAACACAAGCCUUGGGGUUUAAAUUCUGGGCGGAUUAGGCCGGCAGAAGGUAAUAUUAAAUACAACUGAGUUAUCAAAAUAGCUCUCAUGAUUAUAUAUAUCAUCAUGGACUUGAAACCCUCUAUUACUCUUAGUGCUCCAACCAUUCCAGGCGGUCAUUUGUUGGCCGUUUUCAUUUCAUAUACUUCAUAUUAUAUCACUU